CAAUAGUAUAUUUUUAAUUUUGAUUAUUUUCUAUUCAAUUGCAAGAGAGAAAAGAAUAUUUUUGGCGAGCCUUCUCCUAACACGCUAAUAUCCACAUGGACCGGUUUUUGAAAGCUAGAAAAGCCCACCUAAAUCUUCAUGAUCCAGGCCCAAGCUUGAGUUAUUACCAUCAAUACCUAAUUAUUUGAUUAUAAGCUUCCACGAAGGGAAUGAUCUAUGAUUUCCUGUAGUUGUUUGAAAAAAAAAUAAAUAAAUAAAAGAUUAAAAUCAUUAAUACAUUUAUUUCAAUAAAAUAUUGAAUACUCUGAACCCAAGAGGUUAGGCAUUGUUUCGAUCUAGAACAGCCAGGCUGACUGGUCUUUCAUUUCCAAUCCUUCUAACCACACCUGUUGUACAUGCAUCCAGGUAAACUCAUGUGAAGCAUCACACUCCUAGAAUCCACAAAUCAAUCAUCUCAGCAAAUAAUUUUUAGUAGUCGGUUUACAUAUUAUAAAGUUAUAUCUUCUUUUUACCUUUCACACUUAUCUUUUUGCAAAACUGGGAGAGCUUAUUGCCGAAAAUCUUUGCCCUUCUUGAAGAUGCAGAAGAAAAGCAGAUGUCUAAUUCCAGUCGGUUGAUAAAGAUAUGGCUCGCUGAAAUUAGGGACUUGGCUUAUGAUAUAGAGGACAUCUUAGAUGAAUUUCAAGUUGAUUCUCAGAGAAGCAAUUUGAAUAUUACAAAACCUCACCAAGCCAGCACUAGCAAAUUCAUCCCCUCAUGCUUCAACUGUUUCAAACAGAGUGAUUUGUUGAUCUCUAAUCCCCUUACCCUUUCUAAGGUGGAUGACAUCACCCUCAAGUUGCAACGCUUGGUAGAUGAAUCGAAGUUACUUGGCUUAGUAAGGCAAGUUGGAGAUAAGCCUAGUGGAAUGGCUAAAGGAAGGUCACCCACUACUUCUCUACCUGAACUUUAUGUUUGCGGUCGACAAACUGAAAAAGCAGCUAUUCUUGACAAGUUGCUCAAUGAUGAAGGUGGUUGCAAAGGAUUUAGUGUUAUUCCCAUCCUUGGAAUGGGAGGCAUUGGUAAGACCACUCUAGCUCAACUUGUUUACAAUGAGGUGACGCUAGAAAACUUUGAGCUUAAAUCCUGGGUUUGUGUCUCUGAUCAGUUUGAUAUUACAAGCAUAACAAAAGCCAUUUUAGAAACAAUUGGGGGAAAGUGUGAUUUUAAUAAUUUAGAUUCACUUCAACGAGAAUUGAAUAGCAAGUUAUCUAGCAAGAAGUUUCUGCUUGUAUUGGAUGACAUUUGGAAUGAGGACCCCUCUUUGUGGGACAAUCUACAAAAACCAUUCUUAUCAGGAGCAGCUGGAAGUAAAAUAAUCAUCACAACUCGCAAUGAGCGUGUUGUAGAAAUGAUGGGAGGAGUGGAUAAAGUUUGCAGUCUAGAAGUAAUGAAGGAUGAAGAGUGCUUGUCAGUGUUUGCUCAACGUGCAUUGGGAACAGACCAUUUUGAUGCGCACCCAGAUCUAAAAGAAAUUGGGGAAAAAAUUGUAAAAAGGUGCAAAGGAUUGCCAUUGGCUGCAAGAACCCUUGGGGGCCUCCUAUGUGGUAAGUUAAACCGUUCUGCAUGGGAAGACAUUUUAAACAGUGAAAUAUGGGAGCUGCAAGAAAGUGACAUUCUUCCAGCUUUAAGAUUGAGUUAUCAUUAUCUUCCUUGUUAUUUGAAGGCAUGUUUUGUCUAUUGUGCAUUGUAUCCUAAAGACCAUGAGUUUGAGAAGAACCAGCUUGUUUUGUUGUGGAUGGCAAGUGGGGUUUUACAGCAACAAUCUGUAAAAGCUGGGUUUGUGAUGCAUGAUCUCAUACAUGAUUUGGCUCAAUUUGUUGCUGGAGGAUCAUGCUUCAAUCUCGAACAUAAGUUUGAAGUUGAUAAAAAAUCAAAAGUGAAUUAUGAAAAGGUUCGUCAUUUGUCUUGCAUCCGUGGUGGAUGUGACAUCUCUAAGAAAUUUGAAGUCUUGAAUGUCAUGAAGUGUUUGCGAACAUUCAUUUCAGUUGGUUCAAGCGGGUGGUGUUAUCUAUCAAAUACAGUGGUGCAUGAUUGGCUGCCAAAACUAAGAUGCUUGAGGGCAUUGUCUCUUGAGGGAUAUCAGAUAAAUAAGUUGCCAGAUUCAAUUGGAGAUUUAAUACAUUUGAAGUACCUUAAUUUGUCAGAAACUCUAAUUGAAAGCCUACCUGAGUCAGUGGGUUUCCUCCUCCAAUUACAAACACUGUUGCUCUUUAAUUGCCACCAUUUUUUGAAGCUACCUGUGGCAAUUGGGAACUUAAUUGACCUCCAUCAUUUGGAUAUUAGAGGUACAUAUUUAUUGAAAGAGAUGCCAUCGGAAAUAGGUAAUCUCAAAAAUCUCUUAGCAUUGUCCAAAUUUAUUGUGGGGAAGGAAGAAGGAUUGAUGAGAUUAUCUUAUUUGAAAAACUUCUCGCAACUUGGAGGUAACCUGUCCAUUUUGAAUUUGCAGAAUGUUUUGAAUGUUCAAGAUGCCAUGGAAGCCAAUCUAAAGAAUAUCAAUGGUCUUGAUGAGUUACUGUUAGAGUGGACUUCUGAUUUUGGUGAUUCAAGGAAUGAAAGCAAGGAAGAAAUGCAGGUCCUCAAUUUGUUAAAACCCCAUUCAAAAUUGAAGAGUUUCACAAUUGUUUCCUAUGGUGGCCAAAAAUUCCCUCCAUGGAUUGGUGAUCCAAUUUUUUCAAAUUUAUCAUAUUUGAAGCUCAAAGAUUGUAAGAGAUGCACUUUGUUACCGCCACUUGGGUUAUCACCGGUUCUUAAAGAAUUGAUUAUCAAAGGCAUGGAGGGAAUAGAAGCAGUGGGUCUAGAGUUUUAUGGGAACGGAGCUUUUUCAUCACUAGAGAAGCUGGUUUUUCGAGGCAUGUUAAAUUGGAAGGAAUGGACUUCUCCAACCGGAAGUGGAGGUGAAUUCCCUUGUCUGGUGAAUCUUGAGAUUAGAGAUUGUCCAAAGUUGACAGGACAAUUACCCAGCCACCUUUCCUCUUUGGUGAAUCUUGUGAUAAGUGGAUGCCCAGAUUUAAGAUGCUCAUCUACUUUGAGUCUUAUGCCACUUAAAAAGCUUCAUAUUAGCAACUGCAAUGUUAUUCUUUUGAAGAGCAUGGUUGAUCUCACCUCUCUAACUCAAUUGACCAUUGAGAAUAUUUCAGAGAUGUCUUGCUUGCCUAAGUGUUUUACACAGUUCUUAACAGCUCUUGAGAAUCUUGAAAUUGAAGGGUGCAGAGAACUUACUUGUUUGUGGGAGGAUGGAUCAGAAACAAUAAACCUUGCUCGCCUUGAGAAAAUGAAAAUUAGGAGUUGUCCUUUGCUUGUGUCUUGUGAGGCAUUGGAGUCAUUAUUACCUGAUCUGAUGAUGAGGAAGAUGGGCGGAAGCAACAGUAAUAGCACUGACAUGUUGAGACUUGAAGAGUUAGAACUUUGUGGUUGUCCUUCUCUCAGGUCAUUAUCCUUGCUCAUCAUAGUUAAGCGGUUGACAAUAAGAGGAUGUGAAAAUCUUGAGUCUCUACCGAAUGGAAUACUGAUGCAAGAUGAUAGUGACAACAACAGCAAUCUUGAAUAUUUAUAUAUAAGGGAACUUCCAUCUCUAAAUUCUUUUCAGAGGGGUCAGCUGCCAGCUUCUCUCAAGGAAUUUGAAGUUCAGAAUUGCGAGGGGUUGGAAUCUAUUUCAAAGGGAAUGCUGCAUCAAUGUACAGGACUUAGAUCCAUUCAAAUUCGUAAUUGUCAAAGGUUGAAAGGCUUACCUAGCCUUGAUUGCCUCAGCAAUCUCAUUGAAUUAAGCAUUAUCAAUUGUCACGCUUUAGAGUCCAUCCCAAAUCUGGGCUUAUGCAUCCCCCAUCUCAAGUUUUUGGCAAUAUUGAGUUGUAAGAAUCUCAAGUCCUUGCCAAAUACUACGAUGUCGCAGCUGAAAUCACUUCAGGCGCUAUAUAUAACUGAUUGUCCAAACAUAGAGUUGACUCUGUCUCCAGGUGGGAAUGAGAAUGGGGGUUUACUUUUAGAUUUACCCCCAAACUUAACAAGUGUUUGGUUAGACGAAACAAUUCUCAAGUUCCUACUACCAAAUACGACUCAAAAACUAUCCAAUCCAGUUCCAGAUGGGCAUUUGGCAACGGUGGCGGGAUGCGGCCUCCACAACCUUACCUCUCUUCAAAACUUGUCAAUUAGUUGUCGGACAUGGCCGCCGGAUAUUGUGCUGCCUUCUUCUUUAACCAGUCUUGAGAUCAGAGAUGUUGAAAAUCUGGAAUCAAUACCCAGAGAGCUCCUCCAAAACCUAAACUCUCUUCAAUGGAAGGCUUGAUCAACUGCCUUUUCUUAUCUUAUAUAUAUUAACUAUUCUAUGCAGGUAUUCCCAUAGGAUAGCACUGCAACCAUUUCUUAAUUACUUGACUUAAAUCUUUAACGAACUGAUCCAAAUCCUACAGUCAUAAUUACUUCAGGUAGAGUUUUUACUUUCUUUAAUUUCAUGAAUAUUUCCAGAUGCAACUAUACUCAAUGUUACUCCCACAUCGUUCUAUUCUACUUAAUUUUUUUGGAUAAUAAAGUUCAUCUAAAUAACAAGAGAACCAUUUCAUUAUGAGGAUAUUCUGUACUACUACUUCAUCUUCAUAAAGCUA